CAGUUGAUUUAUCUACAUUUCGUCAACAAUGUCCAGAAAGAGACAAAAAGAGAAAACAGACAAAGCAAAUGCAGAGGAUGAGAGCUCGAAAAAUACAGGACCAACUACAAAUGAAAAAUUGCCUGCUCAGACCUUUGAUGAAUAUCAGUGCUCGGGCAAUGUGGAGAUCGACUUCCCUGGACUUUGUGCUCUUCUGGACAUGAAGGAUAUCCCAUCGGUCCGCACCAAGCAACCGGCCUCCUCCACCACUGAACCUGAAGGAGGGGACACAGAGGAAAGCCAGUCACAGUUAAAUGCUGAACCUUUCUGGUCUAAGCCGUGCCUCCAAGUGGAGUUGGAGAAUGAAGAUCCCCUCAGCACCAAGAACUUGAGGAUUUCCGGAUGGAGGGUCGACGAGCAGAUUGCCAGAGUGCUACAGAAGAUGCUUCUCUCGUUAAGCAAGCUGCAGAGCCUUCAGUUUUGGCAGGCGGGACUGUCAGAUCGAAUGGUAAUCUCCCUCAUGAACACAAUAUCACUGUGCUCCAACCUCAGGGCCGUGACGCUGGAGGGCAACCCUCUUCCAGAGCAGAGCUACCACCUUCUACUCUCUGAGGACAGUGUCCUCACUCACUUGUCCCUGCGAAACAACCGGAUGGGAGACGAAGAUGCUCGCCUAAUUGGGUUGGCUCUCUCAACAACCAGAUCUACUAACAAGAACCUGUUGUCGCUCAACCUGGCAUUCAAUUGUAUCGGUGAUGCAGGUGCUGCAUACAUCUCGCAGGGCCUGCGGUUGAAUCGUGCUUUGCUCUUUCUCUCGCUGUCCAACAAUCAGAUUGGAGACUCAGGAGCUGCACGUCUGGCUGCGGUACUGGGGAAGUUUGCUCUCACUCAUGAGGAAGUUGUGGAGAGGAGGAAGCUGCUUCUGGAAAGAACGCAGUCUUCAGCUUUAAGGGUUGACUCUGAUCAGCCAGCUGAUCAGCUUCUGUCAGUAGCCAGCAGCAGUUCACUGAGCGUCAGCAAAGGGGAGAACAAAGCCAAGAAAAAGGAAGCAUCCAAAAAAGACGAGAAACCAGCUGCCCACAAAGAUAACCCAAAAUCUAACAAGAAAUCUUCUGAUACAAAGGUGUCUCAAAGUAAAGGUGGCAAGCAGGCGGGCAAAGAGAAACAAGUGUCUGCACAGGAGGAUAAAUCAAGUACUGCCCUGAGUGAGCAGGCAGUGUUGGUGGAGGCAGUGAACCCCCUGCUGGACCAGUCGGUGCAGCGCAGGGACGGAGAGCUUUUUCUGCCUGGAAACACGACUCUUACCUCCCUCAACCUGGCAGGAAACAGAAUUACAGAGAAGUCGCUGCCUCUGUUCUUGACAACAUUACAGACGCAGGGUGAGGGACAAGGCCUGCUCCGUCUCUGUCUGCAGCGAAACCGCUUCCCACCUGAGUGUGAGUGUUAUGUGAAGAUAAAGGAGUUGAUGGCACUCACAGAUCCGCUGGAAAAGCACAGCUCUGAGCAGACAGAAGAGGAGGAACAGGACGCAUAGUGCUGACAUAACUAACCUGCUUUUUAUGAUUCACAGUGCACUCUUAAUUUGUUAUUUAACAAUAAAAAUGCAUAAACUUUGUCCUUAGCUGCUUCUUGUACAGCAUGAGACGAACAAAUUCAAGUACUAACAGUAGCAGACUUUUGGUGCAUAAAAAAAGGCAGUGCCAGAGGACAGUGAGGCUCAUUAAAAUCCAGAUGCUUCACCCAGAACCCUGUUUACACACCCGUUUUACGGCUUUGUUUUGCUCACAGUGCAAUUAACACCAAGGACAAAGAGUAACAGCCAAAUAUCAAA